AAGACACUUUUGUUUCAGGUUAUGGUAUGAGUAUGACAGUACGGAUAGUGCGAACAGUGAUGUAAGCGAAAUAAAGCAGAAGGGAAAGAUGAGUGAGUGAGUGACUGAGUGAGUGAGCGAGCGAGUGAGUGCCUGAGCCCGAUGAGUGGGCUCCGACGCAGUUUGGGGUUCUCUUGACAUUUGACAAGCGAAUUGGACGAUUGAUUAAAGUAUUGUUUACAUUCACUGCAGUGUAGAUGUUGUUGAACCUAGGUUUGGGCCUUUCCCUUGGGCACUUCACUUCUGGCCGUUACUAUUCACGUUGGCAAUUGAUCAUUUUCUUGUGACUAGAAUAUUAGCCUCAAGUCCCUUUCUGUGUCCAUGGGCAUUAUAAAGAUUCAACAUCAAGCAUCAGCCUUUGGUUGCCCCCGCACUAAAUGUUCUUAUCGUUCUGGUGGAGAAGACACAAGGACAGAAGGUGAUCCCAUUUUAGGGGGAGAUUCUGGGGAUAAUAAUGAUAUGUAUGAGCCCAUCGAAAUGAACUGUGAGCUUGCAUUGUUGGAUGACCAGCUAUGCGACAUUCCGUAUGAACUUUACGAUUUGCCAGAUUUAAGGGAGAUUUUAUCCUUAGAAACUUGGAAUUCAUGUUUGACAAACGAAGAGAGGUUUAUUUUGUCAGAUUACCUUCCAGAUAUGGACCAGCACAGCUUUUGGUUGACCAUGACGGAGCUCUUUAAUGGUAGUGAUAUAUUCUUUGGGAAUCCACUGGAUAUAUUUUUCAAAAGAUUGAAAGGUGGAUACUCUUCUCCAAAGGUGGCUUGGUGCAGAGAGGCGUUGCAGUUUAUACAGAGGAGAAAGUAUUAUCAUUCACUAAGAUCUUACCAUGACAAUAUGAUGCAGACGUUUGUUGACAUGAUAAGUGUUUGGGAUCAUUGCAAAACUUCUGGUAUCAAUGAAAGGAUUAAUAUGUGGACAAGAAGGGAAAAAUGCCAGGGUGCCCAUUUGUUUGACCUUAAUACAUUCCCGAAGGAUGAACGUAUGUCAAGUGACGAGGUUAAUCCUAUUGCGGACACAGGUCAUUUGUCAAAUGUUACAAAGAGUAAGAUAGGUAAAAGAGCAAGUGAGGUUUUGCCCUCUCCAUCUGUGAACAGAUCAAAUAUUGAUGUUCAAGAGUGCAGACCAAAAGGGGUUUUAAAGUUGAAGUCAUCUGGAAGUAGUUCUGUCCAAAAUCACAAUUUAAAAGUGGUUCCUGGUGAUGUAGCCGAACACAGUCGCCCUCUACCCAAGGGAAUUUUGAAACUAGUGCCCAAAGCGCCUUCCACCCGACCAGAACACUCAGAAGUUCCAAGACUUGUACAAUUAUGUUUACCAGACAGUACUCAAGAGUUAAAGGAUCAUAAAUCCUCCUCUUUUUCAGCAUCCAUGAAUUGUUGGCGUGCAGGUUAUAAAUACCCUUUGCAACCACAGAAGGAUGGCAGUAGUGAAUUUCAUACAUCUGUACACCAACCUUUGUGCACAUUGAAUCAGCAGGAAACUGAUGUAAGAGCUAGUAGCUAUUCAGGCAGCUCUGCAAGAAAUAGAAAGAGGAGGAUGAAUCCAUCCUUAGAUGAUAUAACUGCUGGUGCGGAACACAUAUUCUCCAAAGGUGAUGUAUAUGAGUCAUCAAUGGAUGCAUUGGGUGGAAAGAAAUAUGAUGUUCAUAGUGAAACUUGGCAGAAUUUGGGUGUGGAAAAUAGAAACUUUUCUGCAAGAUCCUUGGUGCGAUACCCAUUUGCCAUUGAGCACCGUGAUUCGGGCCUGGGCAUGGAAUCCUUCCUAAAAGAGCAUAUCCCUACAGGUCCAAGAAUGUCAGAUAGUGGUUGCGCUAAGCAGGAAUGUUUAUCAACCUCUUAUUCAGAUCGAAUGAAGAGCCAAAGAGAUUUUCCGUUAACAUACAAGCGAAGAAAAGCUUUAGCAAAGCAGACCUCAGUAGACUUCAACAAGCCACCAACAGCAGGAGCUGUUUUAAACGCUGCAAGUCCAAAAAAAUCAUAUCAACACUGUUGAGGAGGGUGCAAAGGCAGUGAAGAUGAACUUUAUAGGUGGAAACAUACACCUUUGAACAAGGAACCUUGAACCACGCAUCGACUAAAAUAGGUAUCUCUUACUAAUGAUACCAAACGUCUUCCUUUUAUAUUUGUAAAAAAUUAGUCCUGUAAAUGCCUCUAUAGUAAAAGAAAGUUAUCAUAUCAUCUCUAAGCCCCUAGCUAAACCAAAUACAAACUUUGUGAGUAGUAUGAUGCAUAGCAUAUGCAUGUAAUGGUGAAGAACAAAGUGCAUUGAAAUGAAAGGGGACGUUAGGUCAAAGGAAAAAAUGAUACUGCAACCAGCCCCAUGCAUGUGUAUUGGUGCACACUUAGGCACAUACGUAUAGGUCAGCUAACAUUAAGCGGUAGGGUUCAUUUUGUAGAUUAUAUGAGGUAGAAAAUCAGUCUUUGGGGUCUGUUGUGUGAUAUAUUUAAGUGAAGAUGCAGCCUAUGUUAGAAUUUA